AUAUAUUUAUGUAAAUUAUCUCCUCAUUUAAAAAAACUUUUAAAUUUUAAAUCAAUUUUUUAACUCAAUUUUACAUUUAUUGUACAUUAUUCACUUAAAUAUUUCAUAUCAUUAUUCAAUCUGUUAAAUCAUUUUAUUUAUUAUACUAAUUUGAUUUUUAUUUCAUAAAAUAUUUGUUUUAUUUUUUAUUCAUCAAGAAAACUGUUACGUGAAAUUAUGAAAUUAUCAUUAUUAAUUAGUAUAUUAGCAUUAACUAAUCUUUCCAAGUCUGAAUCAUAUGAAGAUGCUAGGUGCAAAUGUGUUUGCAAAAUAGUAAAUGGCACGGAAAUGUAUAAUAAAUUAUAUAUUGCUAAUGUUCUUCCAAGCAAUGAUUGUAAUGGAGUUAGUUUACCAAUUUUUGGCGAAGUUAACAACACUAAAAAAGAAUUGUGUCCUCAAUGUACAUGUAUUUAUGAAAGUAGAAACACUACAACUAUGAAGGUAGUUGUAUUAAUUGUUUUAUGUGUUGUAUUCGUUUUGGUAUCGUACAUGUUUUUCCUGCUGUGCCUGGAUCCCAUGAUAAGAAAACGGAAACUAGUUGGCGCUUAUGUAGAGCACACCAAUGAAGAGGUAUGUUCUUUAUUGGAGCCAACCAUGCCUGAUAACGAUAGUUUUGAUGAUUUGCCAACAGCUGUCACAUUAGACUCUAGAGGAAGUAUUGAUCCAUCUACUUCAGGUAGCAGUAAUGUUUUAAACAGAUUUGGUCAUCAACAAGAUAAAUGGAAAAAACAAGUUAAAGAACAAAGAAGAAAUAUAUAUGAUCGACAUACUAUACUCAAUUAAUAAAUAAAAAAUUUUUCUAUAUCAGAAUGUUAAUAUAUUUACAGGGUGUUUAGUAAGUAAGGAAACAGGUAAAUUGUUAAAAACAAUGAGAACAAUAAAAACCCGUUUCCUUACUGAACACUUCUGUAUAUUAAUUUCAUCUUAUUUAUAAUACUGCAUAUUGCUUUUUCAAAAUUUUAUAUUAUUAUUCAUUUUCACUUCUGUUUGGAUAAACAAUAUGCAGCGAGUUUCAUCUAUAUCUAAAUAAUAAAUUUUGUUUUUAUUAUCUAAAUAAAUUAAUAUAAAUCAUAGUA